CGCGCAUCCAGGUGGCCCGUGUAAUCACGCUCCAUUUGGCGCUGCAGAGUGGGACCGAGAGCGUCGACGGCAGCAGAUUACUCGGUAGUGAGGAAUGAGCGACUGCGCCGACGCGGGCUCGAGUACCUGCGCCCGCGCCUGCAUCCGCGAUGGCGCGCUCGAGGGCCUCCCCGACAGCGGCCCCGUGACAGUGAACCUCGCCCAAGCCAGCCUCGAGGGGCUGAGCGUCAACUUGCGCACGUCGGCGUGCGGCCACGAGGCCAUGACCGUCCUCUUAAACCUGAGCCGCAACAGCCUCCGUAGCAUCGACAACGUCCGGUUCCCGCUCGUCCUCGCCGACCUCGACGUCUCGCACAACCGCAUUGAAUCGGUCGGCAACCUCUCGGGCCUCUCGAGCCUCCACAACCUGCGACUGGCGUUCAACGACGUUGAGCGGCUGCCUGAGGCGACGACGCGCCUCCCCGUGUCUCUCUUGACGCUCGACCUCUCGCACAACCGCCUCGGGAACGACCUCGACGGCGUCGUCAUGCUGCCCAACGGGCUUCAGCUGCUCAACCUGAGCCACAACGCUAUCUCGUCCGUCGAAGGCCUCGACAUAGCCUACGGCACGGCCAUCGAUCUCUCGUUCAACAACCUCACGAGCGUCCGCAACGUGUCGUGGCCCGACGACAUCUCUGCGCUCUACUUGAUGGAGAACCCGCUCGACGAGUUCUACCCCAUGUUCUACAAGCCCCUCGACGUCCUGUGCUUUGGAAAGAACCCGCCGGCGCGCUUCUCGGCGACGCGGUCCCAGUUUGACCGGCUGCAGAAGUUUACCAAAAACGUCGGGUGCCCGCCCACGCCGCUGACAUCGCCGCCCGUUGACCCGUGCAGAAGCGGACCGUCGGCGACGCUCUGGGGCGUCUACACCGUGUGCCUCGUGCAGGACGACUGGCUCGACGCCAAAAUGGACGGCGACGCGACCCCGAUGCCGAUCUUUGUAGCGCCGUCCCACACGCUGCUGCAUGUCGCCAUCGCGCUCAUCGCGCUCACACUCGUGGGCCUCGUCCUUGGCGUCAUCUGGACCGUGCACCGGCGCCGGCGGUCGAUCAAGGAGACAAUGUGGCUGCACCCGGAGCGCGCCGAGACCAACUACAACGACAGCUCGGACUUUCACGAGCACGUACCCCACGACCUGCGCCUCGACACGCGCUACGCCCAGCAUGUGAUCCCGCACACCGACCUCUCGCUGCUGCAGGUCGUGGCCCACGGCGGCUUUGGCAUUGUGUACUUUGGCCACCUUAAGGUCAAUGGCGGCGUCCGGCCCGUGGCCGUCAAGCGCAUUUUGCCCGAGCGCUUCAAGCACGACAAGUACGCGGUCGAGGACUUCAUGGACGAGAUCCGGCUCUGUCUGCGGCUCCAGCACCCGCACAUCGUGCGCUGCCUCGGCUUUUCGUGCUCGAGCGUUCUCUCGACGCUGAGCUGCGUCUCAGAGUUCAUGCCCCACGGCGACCUCUGGACGCUCCUCGAGUUGGACCAGAAGACGCGGCUUCUCUCGUGGAACCUCUCGCCUGAGCCGAGCCGCGUGGUUGACGCGUCGCUGCCACUCUCCAAGCUCCGCGUGCUGCACGACGUCGUCUCGGCCAUGGUGUACGUGCACGGCCAAGACGUCAUCCACCGCGACCUCAAAGCCCGCAAUGUCCUCCUCAACGACGCCUUUGCUGCCAAAAUCACCGACUUUGGCACGUCCCGAAAGGCGACCGAGCACGAGACCAUGACCGCCGAGAUCGGCACGGUGGCUUGGAUCGCGCCCGAGGUCCUCAAGGGCGUCCGCUACUCGGCCAAGGCCGACGUCUACUCGCUCGGCGUCUUCCUCUCGGAGCUCGACACGCUCGAAAUACCGUACUCCAACAUGCCCCGGCUCGUACCCCGAACUGGCGUCAGCGUCGACGUGGCCAAGACGCGUAUCGCAAUGCUCGUCGUCGCUGGCGAGCUCACGCCCGUCUUCUCCGAGUGCUGCCCGCCAGCAAUACGCGACCUCGCCCGGCGCUGUCUCGCGUACGCGCCGGACGACCGGCCAAGCAUGGACGAGGUCCUGCAUUGGCUCGACCACGUCACGGCGAACGAUGUAGUGUAGGUAGAGGAUGAUGAUGAUACGUCCGAGUAUCGAUAUGUAAGCAGAUGUGUAAGCGGUGGCGUGUCGUAAGCGGGUGAUCACUCG